AUGGCCUCGACGGCAGGAGCGACGUGUCUACAUCACAGCCUCCCGGAGGAGAUGGUCGUCUGGGAGAUCCUCGUUCGCCUCCCACCUAAACCCCUCCUCCGCUGCCGCGCCGUCUGCCGCGCAUGGCGCCACGCCACCUCGACGCGCGCCUUCCUCCAGGCCCACCACGCCCGCCAGCGGAGCCUCCCCGUCGUAUCCUGGUACAAAUACGGCACCCGCUACGAAGACUUCAUCGCCUUGGAUCACAAGGCUGCUGCCGGCACCCGUCUCCAACCUCUCGUUCGUCUCGAAGAUUCCUUCUAUCCGGAGGCCUCCUGUGAAGGCCUCAUCAUCUUCUCCAACAACGGCGUAUGCCCCUCCGUCUAUAACCAGGCUACGCGUCAGCAUGUUCUCCUCCCGCAACUCUCGGGUUUCGGUGUAUUGGGGAUGUACCCACACCGCAAUACCGGCGAGUACCGGGUCCUACUACGUCGGGUUCAUCACACUAACUGCUACGUCUUUGCAUUGGGCUCCGACCAGCCGCCAAGGCACGUCGGGGUGCCGGAGGGGGUGGCAGCAUCCGCAUAUCUCGGCAAACCUACCCUGCUCCGCCAUUGCCUGCAUUGGUAUAUCGUGCAUUACCCACAUCUGUAUCAGGUCAGAAACAGAGACGUAAUAGUAUUUGACACCACGUCCGAGACAUUCCGACGGAUGCGUGCUCCGGCUGUUCCGGACAAGUCAUAUAUCUUCGAGAUGGAUGGUACGCUUGGCAUCUACAGCUACAACGACACCACGCAAAUCGUUGAUAUAUGGGUGUUGCGGGACUAUGAAAGCGAGGUUUGGGGGCACAAGUACAGUGUCAAAUUGCCGGCGGCGGAAAUCAAGCAAUUCACAUGGUGGAAUUGCCGUUGGCAUGUCACCGUUCACUCGGUGGAUGGAGACGUGCUCUUGCUGGUCACUCAUAGCGGGUGGAUGUUUUUUGUUGAUAUUGACGGCAAGCUGGUGGACAAUUUCCAUCGUGAUGGCCAGCAUGUCUCUGCUUGUCAACUUUCGCUGAAACAAACUCUUGUUCCGCAUACUUUCUUCACGGCACUAGAAGGUUAUGUUGUCAACACUUCGCCUUUCCUCUGA